AAGGUUUGGUGGUGUUAGUUUGGUGUUGUCAACAAUACGUCAGAAAACUCCCCAAUAUAUUCGGAAAAAAUUAUUCUUCAUUUUUAAAGCAUACUAAAUAAAUAUAACAAAAUGCAAUGAAAUAAUUUAAAUUUUAUGUAUUAAAUUAAGAAGACAUCCUCAAGUAAACUAAACUUUCUCUCACCACAUCUACCGCUGCUGAACUGAAACAAGUUUUUCUAGGUUAAUAAACUUUUUUAUUUCUACAAAAUCCUGCAAGAAUUUAGUGAUAACAAACACCACAAACUCGAUAAGAUGUAUUUACCACUUUCAAAAAAGGACAGCCGGAGUUUUACGUAUAGAAUCAAAGAGAAACUAAACAGUUGGAAGCGGCUUAUAUUUUCGGAUCGCAAUUCUAGAAACUUGUUCCUUUUCCUGUUGCUUAAUCUAAGUUUUGCUUUCGUUGAAUUAUUCUAUGGAAUAUUAACAAACAGUUUGGGUCUCAUUUCGGAUUCAUUUCAUAUGUUCUUCGAUUGCACAGGUCUACUAGCUGGUCUAGCUGCAUCUGUCAUAACCAAGUGGAAAGCUAACGAUAAAUUCUCUUAUGGCUACGUGAGAGCAGAAGUACUAGCUGGGUUUGUGAAUAGCCUUUUUCUUCUGUUUAUUGCGUUCUUCAUUUUAUCAGAAGGUGUGGAGCGUCUGAUUGAGCCACCAGAAGUGAAACACGAGCGCCUAUUUGUUGUUUCUGUACUUGGUCUUUUGGUAAAUCUAGUAGGCAUAUAUGCAUUCCAACAUGGCCACUCACACGGCGGUGGUGGGCAUGGUCAUUCGCAUGGCGGUGGAGGUCAUGGACAUUCACACAGUUCUCCCAGUAAUCACUUAGACCAUGGCGAAAUGCUUAGUAUAACAGUUGAAGACCCUCAAAGUCACGGCCAUGGUCAUAGUCAUAAUCAUGGCGGUCACGGACAUAGCCACAACGGCAGUAGUGGCAUUGCAGUAAGCGAAAUUGGCGGAAACAAUUCUCAAAUUAUGCGAGGAGUUUUCCUGCACAUAUUAGCCGAUACUUUGGGAUCAGUUGGAGUUAUUAUUUCUGCAGUUCUAAUGCAAAUGUUUGGAUGGAUGAUUGCAGAUCCUAUUUGUUCGAUAUUCAUUGCUCUUUUGAUUGCAAUGAGUGUUUUGAGUCUUAUUAAAGAAUCGAUUAUGAUUCUCAUGCAACGACAACCCCAAGAACUUGAUGGAGUCUUACGCCAAUGCUAUCAAAAAGUAGAAGCACUUGGUGGAGUUCAAUCAGUGCAGGAGCCACACUUCUGGACAUUAUGCUCGAAUGUAUUUGUUGGUGCGAUAAAGCUAGAGGUUAAGAAAGACUGUGUUCCAAAAUAUGUAUUGACGCAUGCGCGAAUGAUAUUCGAGUCUGUUGGAGUGAAGCAAAUUUACAUUCAAUUAGAUUAUGUAGAUGUGUGAUGAUAGUGAAGUUAGGAUUACAAUAUAAUUAAUUAAUGAUUGUUUAUAAUAUUAAAAAAAAAAAAACAAAAAUACAAAUCGAAAAACAGCAAACGAAUUUCUGUUGCAAUAUUUUUAUACUAUUUUUUUUUUUGUAUGUACAAAUGCCUACAGUUUCUUUUAAACAAACGAAAUAUUUGAUAAAAUUGGUUCAAGAUUAUUUUUAUUAAUUUAUUAAUCAUUCCAGUAAAAUUUAGACGGAAAUAUUUGUAAAAUAAAACAAAAUAAAUUUUACCGAAAUUCUGCGCAAUCCGAAUAAAAAACAAUUUCUUUGUUAUAAGCUA